CUCCCUAUAUAAAAGAGAAAAAUCCCCCUCAUUGACUGCACAUCGUUCCUGAAGACUUGAACUAGCUGCUAAACACUUGACAUUAGAGAACGACAUGCAAAAAGACAAGGUUUUAAGAAUGAAAGUUGUCCUACUAAUGCUGUCUUUGUGCCUCACACUGUCUGGGGCACAAGGUGAGGGGGCCAGUUUAUCUAACAGUCAGGGUGAAACCUGCUCCUUCAUCAGUGAGCUGGCUGUGCUGAAGGAAAAACUGAACACCAUGGAUCAGAAGCUAGGAGUUGUGGAGACCAGGCUACAAGUCAGUGAAAGCCAGGUGGAAGAACUGAAAUGUGUGAACAAAGCUCAAGAAGAAGAACUGAAAACAUUAAAGAAGGACAUAGCCACUGGUCAGCCAAAGGUGGCCUUCUCCGCAGCUCUAAGAACAUCUGGUUCUGGUUACAUAGGACCCUUCAACACUCACACACCCUUGCAGUACAAAAGAGUCUUCUCCAACUUCGGCAGUGGAUACAACGCUGCUACAGGGGUCUUCACAGCCAUGGUCAAAGGAGUGUAUUACUUCCGCUACACCAUGUUCUACAAUGGAAACGCCAACGCUGUCAUGGUUUUGAUGAAGAACGAGGAAUUUCUCGUGUCCACAUGGGAUGCUACGUCAGGAAGUAGUGAAGAUUCCGCCAGCAAUGCUGCCAUAGUGCAGCUGGAGGUGGGAGACAAUGUCUUCGCCCGGCUCUCAGCUAACAGGAGAGUCUACGAUGAUGGUGGAAACUACAACACCUUCAGUGGUUUUCUGCUCUUCAUCAACUAAUAUUAACAACAAGUUUACAUUUAAUUUGGCUGUAAACAGAUGUGUUUUCAGAAAUUCUAUCACACAAAAAAACAAACAAAAAAAGUCUAGUUGCCCUCUUUGAACUGUACUGUUGACACUGGGCUGGGUGUAUUUGACAAACAUAUUUCUUGCAUCAUUGUGACUGGUGCCCUAAUCAAAAGUCAUGUCUACUGUAGUAGUUGUGAUUUGGGUUAACCCUUCACACUCGUACCCGGGUUAAAAAUGGCAGAUUUCAGGCACUGAACCCAAAAUUGGAAUGCAGUGGCUGUACAGUAACAUUCUAUACAUGAUGUCAGAGCUCAGGCUCUUCACAGGUUGACUGACAGCCAUUCUGAUAUUGAACACCACAUGCGACAAUAAGCUGCCCCCAUCACUCCUGCUAAGUGAGCAAAUUUUCCACAUUUCUUGUGAAUAAUCCUAACACGGUUGAGAUUUGAAGUAUAAAUGAGCCAUAUCCCUGCGAGUGAGAAAGAUUCAACUAGCAACAUAUUAAAGAUUCUCUAAUUUAGCGUAACAGGGUGGCCAUUUGUGAGGGGUGUUUAUAUUUAUUUGCACCAUUGUUUUACCACCGAAUAAGUGACACUUCCUACAACGACACCACAUUAAAGAAGGGGUUUUAUUCAAAUGAGAAUUAAAACACUAACAGGGUGCAAAGUGAUUUCAGGGGCACAGAAAAUCUUAAAAAUAAUAAAUACAACAAAAAAAAAGUUAAGAAUUUCAAAUCAAAUCUGAUUGUCACAUACACAUGGUUAGCAUAUGUUAAUGCGAGUGUAGCGAAAUGCUUGUGCUUCUAGUGCCGACCAUGCAGUAAUAUCUAACAAGUAAUCUAACAAUUUCACAACAACUUAUUGUUCUAUCUUGUCAGAAAAUGUUAUAGUUAGGAAUGGAAAUUAAGGUUUUUGGUGGUCUUCCUAAGCCAGGAUUGUGACAUGGCUAGGAUAUCCGGAUUGGUGGAGUGUGCUAGGGCAGUGAAUAAAACAAACUUAGGGAGGAGGCUUCUAAUGUUAACAUGAAACCAAGGCUUUUACGGUUGCAGAAGUCAACAAAUGAGAGAGCCUGGGGGAUGGGAGUGGAGGUAGACACUAGAGGUAGACACUGCAGGGCAUGGAUUAACCUCUACAUCACCGGAGGAACAGGAUAAGGGUACGGCUAAAGGCUAACAGAACUGGACACCUAGUACGUUCAGAACAGAGUAAACGGAGCAGAUUUCUGGGCACGGUAGAUUAUAUUCAAGGCAUAAUGUACAGACAAAGGUAUGGUAGGAUGUGAAUACAGUGGGGAUAAACCUGUGCAUAUAGUGAUAAUGAAAGAGAUAGUCUCUAGAAAUAGCAUUUAAACCAGGUGAUGUCACUGCGUGUGUGGGGGGUGGAACUAAAUUGUUAGCCGAGGCGUGUUGAGCAGUGCUAGAGGCUCUACAGUGAAAUAAAACAAUAGUUACAAACCAGAACAGCAAUCAACAUGGCAUGGUGACGUUAGGGAAAGGCAUGGUGAUCAUACAAGUCCAGUACGUGGCUUCAAGCAGCAAGGGGCUAGCAGGCUAACAGAAAGGCCUUAGAGGGAUGACGCGACGGAGGGAAGUCUGUUGUGCCCCCCUCGUGCAGUUACAUCAGCGGACGGAUCAGCAAGGCUCCGUGUGGAAAACCAGGCCAAUUGGCAAAAUAUGUAUAGUGGCCGAAGAAACAUGUGCGAAGGGCCUCUUAAAUUUAUGGCUGCAAUCCCCGUACAGGGAUCAACAUCCGGGGAAAUUUCAGAGUGACAUAACAUUAAAACAUUCUUGAAAAUGCAA